GAUGAGUUCGACGACUUCGACCAGAUGGGCGACUUUGACGAGGACCUGUUUGAAGAGGGUGACGAAUAUGUGGAGAGGAGGUACAUGGAGGAGCAGGCAAGGCUGGAAGCGGAGGACGACGAAAGGGACUAUGACGGCCCAGUUGGAGAAGACCACCAGAAUGCAGCCGGCAGCAGCACCACAACUUCUCGAGACGCCUCUUGCCCGAUCUGCAGCAUAAGCUUGAGUGGUGUCAAUGAGUCCGACGCUGGAAUCCAUGUCAAUAAUUGUCUCGACGGCAAUCCCACACCUCUUCCUGUCAAGAAGGAAGUUCAAAAGUCCGAGCCCAAGAUCAAGUCCGAGCAUGUGUCUUCACCGCAUCAAUUCAAGCGGCCGGCUCGAGAACCAAGGGAGGGCCAAGCCAGUCCAUUCACACUGGGACAGCCAGCAUCUACCGGAGGCUCUGCUUUCAAGAAGCUCAUGUCUGGACAUGCCGAAGACGCUGCCUGGGCAGAAGCUGCAGCGGCGGAACAUGCUUCAAGAGGCAAGCCAUCAUACACACGCACAUGUCCAUUCUACAAGAUUUUACCCGGCCUCUUCAUCUGUGUUGAUGCCUUCAGAUAUGGCGCCGUGAAAGGCUGCCAGGCCUACUUUCUCAGUCACUUCCACAGCGAUCACUACAUCGGCUUGACCUCGACUUGGACGCACGGCCCGAUAUACUGCUCAAAGGUGACCGCCAAUCUGGUGAAACAGCAACUUCGUGUCGAUCCGAAGUAUGUCAUCGCACUAGACUGGGAGAAGCCGUGGGAGAUUCCAGGCACGAAAGGAGUUACAGUCACCAUGAUCUCCGCGAACCAUUGUCCGGGCAGCUCUCUCUAUCUCUUUGAGAAAACCAUAGGCAGGAAGACGAAUGGAGAGCCUCGCCAGCAACGCAUUUUGCAUUGUGGUGACUUCAGAGCAUGCAGAAUGCAUGUCGAGCACCCUCUUCUCAUGCCCGACAUCCGCGACAAGGUCACUGGAAAGACCAAGGAGCAGAAGAUUGAUGUCUGCUAUCUCGACACGACAUACCUCAACCCAAAGUAUGCAUUUCCCGAGCAAGAAGCCGUCAUCAAAGCCUGUGCAGAUAUGUGCGUCUGCUUGAGCAAAGACACACCUGAUGAAACUGACGGCUGGGAACAAAUGAAACGCCAGCGGGCAGGCGAAGGUAUGGUGAAGUUCGUCCGCAAAGAAUCCAACACUGCCAUCAAAGAAGAAGAGCCAGUCGAUCCAUCCUCCGUCGGCAACAUGAAAAAGACCCGCGGUCGCCUCCUCGUCGUCGUUGGAACAUAUUCCAUCGGCAAAGAGCGCAUCUGUCUUGGCAUCGCCCGCGCUCUGCAGGCGAAAAUCUACGCUCCACCCUCCAAACAACGCAUCGUCGCCGCGCUCGAAGACCCCGAACUCGACUCCCUGAUGACCUCAAAUCCUCGCGAGGCGCAAGUUCAUAUGACGCCUCUCUUCGAGAUCCGGGCCGAAACGCUGGAUGACUAUCUGAAAGACUUCUUUCCGCACUUCACCCGCGCCGUCGGCUUCCGUCCCAGCGGCUGGAAUUACCGCCCUCCCAACUCCCGUUUCGUCGAAAGUCCGUUGGUUCAAACGGUACUGCACUCCGACAAUUGGAAGAGCGGCUAUAGUAUGCGGGAACUGGUUCCGCAGCGAGGCAGCACCAGUCGAGCGAGCUGUUUUGGAGUGCCGUAUAGUGAGCACUCAAGUUUCCGAGAGUUGACGAUGUUUUGUUGUGCGUUGCGGAUCGAGAAGAUCAUCCCGACGGUCAAUGUGGGCAGUCAGAAGGGCAGAGAGAGGAUGAAGGGAUGGUGUGAAAGGUGGGCGGCGGAUCGGAAGAAGAAUGGAUUGUAUAAGUUG